AUGUCGGCGCUGCCGGCCCUGUAGAUCCAGGAGGCUAACGCACACCUGGCGGCCGUGCACCGGCGCGCGGCGGAGCGCACGGUGCACGCCCAAGCCGAGCACCUGGCCCUCCACGACCAGCAGCUGCGCGCCGCCGUAGACGAACUGGGUCGCGCCAAGGACCGUGAGAUUGCCACACUCCAGGAGCAGCUGAUGACCUCAGAGGCCACUGUCCACAGCCUGCAGGCCACCGUGUACCCGGGGGACGAGCUCAUUAGGCAGUUGCAGCCCCGGGCUGAGCUGCUGCAGGACAUCUGCCGCCGCCGGCCACCCCUGGCCACGCUGCUGGAUGCCCUGGCUGAGGCUGGAUCAUCUUUGUAACAAAAAGAAAACAAACCAAAUGAAAAUGAAAUGAAUUCUCUCAAAAAGAAUUAAGACAGGAAGAAGGCUCACAAAG